ACCAGUCGUCUUCGAACGUAAUUCCGGCGUGCGUCGGCCUGUUUUAUUCAGUCCGACGGAGGAACCUUGCUUUUCCACACAACUGCGCGGUGUCAGUCUGGAAACGCUCACCGAAAUUAUUCAUGGGCACUUCCGGGCUGCACUUUGUGAACGUGAGCGUGCCCCGGUACGCAGAGCUUCAUGCGACAGUGAUCAUGAGUUGCCACUUCGAGUUGGGCUAUGCCCGCCUUUAUUCGGUCAAGUGGUACAAAGACGACUACGAGUUUUUCAGCUACAGUCCCGUCUUCAAUUGCAAGUGGUUCGCCCUGCCUGGAAUCAAGUUGGACAUGUCUCGUUCGGACAUGAAUCAAGUGACGUUGGUGGACUUGCAGUUCAGCAGCUCGGGCACCUAUAGGUGCGAAGUGUCUACGGAAGGACCAAAUUUCGAGACAACGUUCUCGAAUGAGAACGUGACAGUCAGAGCCCUGCCAGCAAGCGAGCCGAUAAUCAACGGGCUUCAGCCGGCUUAUUCUCCUGAGGACAUGAUCGAGGCUAAUUGCACUUGUCCCAAGUCAAAGCCCAAGGCGACCAUGGCCUGGUACCUCAACGGAAUAAAGGUCGAACGCUACUUUUUGGUCUUUUACGCCACUUCGGAAGACGAGGAGGGCCUAAGCGAGUCCGUUUUGGGGUUGAACAGACGCGCCGAAGUCACUUUGUUCCCUGGGGGCGGCCCUCUCGAGCUCAGGUGCACCGCCACCGUCCAGGAACGCACCUGGGCCAAAACGGCCACCGCCCUGCUCGCCAGGCUGAACAAUCAGAAACUGGCUCAAGAUGACUUCACCAAUAAAUCUGAUGAGGUGUGCGUGAGCCUGUUGCUGCUGUUGUCAUCAAUGCUGCUCAAUUUCUGCUGGUGACCUUUUUACCCAGCGAAAUUUCUGUUCCCGCGUUUCGGAUUUACGUUUUUCAACGUGUUUAAUUAAUUGCAAAAAAUACUAAAAUAAAGAAAUUUAAAAAGAUGCUGUACAUAUUUGAUGUCUCCCGAAAUAAAGUCCCCUCUAACUAAAUCGCCCACGUUACUCUACUCAUGUCUUUUAACGCUAAUAUUGUGUGUUGAAAUCAUACAAAAGAAAUAUAUAAUUUGAAUCAAUGUAACUUUUUUAUUGAAAUAUGAAUUCCUGCACAGAGGCAAGCCAAUAUCAGAACUAUGUAAAGAAUUAAAUGAACGACUAAUUUAUUAAAUAAUAUUAUACGAGUGAAUUGUGUAAAUCAACCUCGCGAGAAACGUAUCAGGCUCAUUUUGUUAAAUGACAAUCUCACAAAAUUUGAUUUUUCUGAUAUUCUAGGUUUUUUAAUUGAUGAAGUUAGUUUAAUAUAAUUGUACACUAUUCAAUACUUGUAAUGAGGAAAAUCUGUGCCAAUAUGAAGAGCCGAGUAUUUAUACACAACAUACUGAAGUGGAGUAGAGAUGUUUUUUAAUAAAUUGCCAAUGUCGUAUA